AUGGCGAGCUUAGAAGAUGAGUCUCCCUCGCGGGGCCCCUCUGGUACUUUUAGUUGUCUCUUUCCGGGCUGCAACGCGAACUAUCGGCGGAAGGAGCACUUGCGCCGCCAUGAAACAAAACACUCCCAACAGCAGGGAUUUGCGUGUCCAGUUUGUGGUAUCCGGUUUGGGCGAAGUGAUACACUUCGACGACAUAUGCGGCAACGCCACAAAAGUAUUGAGCCUCUCAAUCGUGCCAGACGGGCCUGUAAGAGUUGUCAUGCAGGAAAAUCUCGCUGCGAAGGAGGCGUGCCAUGUGAUGGAUGUCUUCGUCGCAGGAUCCAGUGUUUCUUCGACGAUGAUGAUACGAUAGAAACGGAACGCCCUAUAUCCUCAGCAUACCUUGCAUCGAGUCUGGAACAUGAUGAACUUCAGUCGAACCACCCGGAGAAAAAGGAACAGUACAUCCGUCUUUAUUUUAAGAAUUUUCACCCAUUUUGGCCGUUUAUCCAUAUAGGAUCGUUCAACAUAAACCGUGAAACACCGCUACUCCUCCAAUCAAUGACUGUCAUAGGUCUUUGGUCUAGUGGAGAAAAGUCCUCCCAGUCGGCAGCAGUCGAGCUUCAUGAAAAGCUCCACUUGGCUAUUCGUGAUCAGAAGGCGAACUGGGAUGUGUCAGACGAAGAUGAAACUUCGAACACCUUGCCCUGGCCUAUUUCAACAUAUCAGGCUAUCCUGCUACAUGUCAUUUUCUCCCUAAUCCUUAGGAGUCGUGAUACUCUCGAUUUCGAUUUCAAAGUCUCUCUUCCCCCUGCUGAAUUUGAACUGCUGGAGACCCUUGUUCGAAGUUGUCGAAAACGAGGCAUGUUCUUUUAUCCGAAUAUGCUUACCCGAUUUAAAGAGGUUGGCCUAGCAUCAUUUGCCUGGGUGUGUACAGAGGAAGUGAAACGAUUCAAUUUGGCCUUGUACAAGACCUGCGGGAAGUUGAGCUCCACCAAUCUUGAAAAAGUAAGCCAACAUAGUCCCGAUGCAACCGGCUCCUUGCUAUCUGCAGGUGAUCUUCAAUUUCCUCUGCCCAAAAAUACCCCCUUGUGGAAUGCCAUUGGUAAGCCCGAAUGGCUAGUUCUUCUCCAAGAUGAAGACUCCCUUUGCGUGGAUGAUGAUUGCCAGGAGCCUUGGAUAUCGAGCAUGAUAGGGGUGUUUGAAUACCUCAGGCUAUGA